GAGGGGGCGGAGAGAAGCCGCAGCUGCAACUUCGCUGGAGCCUCUGAACCUGGGCUCAGCCGGAGACCAAGCCGCCGACGCCGCAGGGCCUCCGCUUCCCUGGCUCGGGCCUCAACCCAGGCGGCUCGACCAUGGCAGCCGCCGCCGCUGUAGCGAAUCUGGCUCCUGCGGUCCCCGCCCGUCGCUGAGCAGCCGUUAACCAGCCCGCCCGCUCGCCCCCCGCCGGUGCCGCCUCGGCCCAGGCUCCGCACAAGUUUCCGCCGCCGAAGAGGCAGGAGGCGAAGGCAGCGGAGGACGGACGUGGGGAGUCGGGCGCCCCCGGCCCACUCGGCACUCCGGCCCGCAAUGUGGGGACGCUUCCUGACUGCGGAUGCCGGCGGCAGGGACAGCCCAGGCGGAACCCGCAGCUUCCCCGCGGGCCCAGAUUAUUCUUCAUCGGCAUGGUUACCUGGUAAUGAAUCAUUGUGGCAGGCCACAACUGUUCCAUCUAACCAGAGAAAUAACCAUAUCAGGAGACAUAGUAUAGCUUCUGACAGUGGUGACACUGGCAUUGGAACUUCCUGUUCUGACAGCGUGGAAGAUCAUUCAACUUCAAGUGGCACAUUAUCUUUUAAGCCUAGUCGAUCAUUGGUUACUCUUCCUACUGCCCAUGUCAUGCCGUCUAAUGCCAGCGCUUCACUUUCCAAACAUAGGGAGUCAUUGACAUCAGAUGGGUCAAAAUGGAGUACAAGCCUCAUGCAAACAUUGGGAAACCACAGUAGAGGGGAGCAGGACUCUUCACUAGACAUGAAGGACUUCCGGCCCCUCCGGAAAUGGUCAUCUUUAUCCAAGCUCACUGUCCCAGAUAACUGCAGCCAGGGUGGCAUUGUGCACACGGAGCAGGCGAGGAGUGGUUUGGAAAAGACAGGGAGAGGCAAGGCUUUAACAUCACAACUAAGGACAAUUGGACCUAGCUGCUUACAUGAUAGUAUGGAGAUGCUUAAGUUAGAGGACAAGGAAGUAAAUAAAACACGAUCAUCAACUCUGGACAGCAAAUAUAAAUUUGAGAGCUGUGGCAAAGAGGACGUUAAAGCUUCUUCCUCUACUUUUCGGAGACAGACCUUAGACAUGACAUACAGUGCCUUACCUGAAAGCAAGCCCCUUAUGACAAGCUCAGAGGCUUUUGAACCUCCAAAAUAUUUAAUGCUUGGUCAACAAGCAGUAGGUGGAGUUCCCAUUCAGCCUUCUGUGAGGACACAGAUGUGGCUUACGGAACAGUUGCGGACAAACCCUUUGGAAGGUAGAACUACAGAGGACUCUUACAGUUUAGCUCCCUGGCAACAGCAGCAAAUUGAAGAGUUUCGACAAGAAAGUGAAACACCAAUGCAGGUUUUGACUGGAUCAUCUCAUCAAAGUUAUUCACCUGCUGGCUAUCAAGAUUUCGGUAAAUGGGAAUCAGUGCUGAAAAUCAAAGAAGGACUACUAAGGCAGAAAGAAAUUGUAAUUGAUCGGCAGAAGCAACAAUUCCACCUGCAUGAAGUAAGGGAUAAUGAAUUACGAGCACAACAUGCCAUGUUAGGACAUUGUAAUUGUGAGGAUUCUUAUGUGACUGGUUUGCAGCCACAAUAUGAGAACACUUCACUCCAGACUCCAUUUUCAGAUCAGUCAGCAUCUCAUUCCCAGCAAGAAGAACUUGAGCAAAAGCUUGCAUCUACUGAAAAAGAGGUUUUACAGCUCAAUCAGUUUCUCAAACAAAGAAUAAGCCAGUUCAGUGACGAGAAGAAGAAACUGGAGGAAAAGCUUAAGACCAGAGACAGAUAUAUAAGUAGCCUGAAAAAGAAAUGUCAGAAGGAAUCUGAACAAAAUAAAGAAAAACAGAGAAGAAUUGAGACCUUGGAAAAGUAUCUGGCUGAUCUUCCAACUCUUGAUGAUGUUCAGAGUCAGAGUCUACAGCUGCAGUUUCUAGAAGAAAAAAAUAAGAGUUUGCAAGAGACUUUGAUAGAGACGGAAAAAGAACUUGAAGACUUCAAAAAACGGUGUCAAGAAAAAGAGGCACAGCUACUAUGCCAGAAAAAGAAGGAAAAGGAGUUGGUUACUACAGUUCAGAGUUUACAGCAAAAAGUGGAAAGAUGCCUUGAAGAUGGAAUUCGCCUCCCUAUGUUAGAUGCAAAACAGCUUCAGAAUGAAAAUGAUAACCUAAGAGAACAAAAUGAGAAUGCUAAUAAGAUAAUAGACAGCCAACAAGAUGAGAUUGACAGAAUGAUAUUAGAAAUUCAGUCUAUGCAGGGGAAACUUUCUAAAGAAAAAUUGACUACUCAAAAGAUGAUGGAAGAGCUGGAAAAGAAAGAAAGAAAUCUGCAGAGAUUAACAAGAACAUUGCUUGAUAACCAAAGACAGACAGAAGAGACCUGCUCUUUAUUGGAUCAGGGCCAGGAAGCAGAGCAAUCCAGGCAGCAGACCAUUCUUUCCAAAAGGCCACUCUUUGAUUUGAGUGUGAUUGAUCAGCUCUUCAAAGAAAUGUCCUAUUGUUUAUUUGACUUGAAGGCUUUGUGUAGUAUUCUUAAUCAGCGUGCUCAGGGCAAGGAACCUAAUCUUUCCUUGUUACUGGGUAUCAGAUCAAUGAACUGUUCAGCUGAAGAGACCGAGAAUGACCACAGCCCAGAAACACUCACUAAGAAACUGUCAGAUGUUUGCCAGUUACGAAGGGACAUAGAUGAAUUAAGGACUACAAUAUCCGACCGCUACGCUCAGGACAUGGGAGACAACUGUGUUACCCAGUGACAGGGUUGGCCCACAGCAAUAACCACCCAUUGUUGAAUGCUGCUGUGUUACAGUUCUUCACCUUUACUUUUAGGAGCCAUGAUAGAGAGUUGCAAGUGAUAUAGGACUUGCACAUAGUUUUUUUUUCUGUAGAUUUGUUCAUUUGGGGAGGAAUUGGGAUAUGAGAUUUCAAAGGGGCUUAUCUAAUCAGGCCAAAAAAGUAAAUUACCAUUUAUGAUAAAAAAUAUGAUAACAUGUAUAAGAAAAAAAAAAUCUGUGUUCUCAAACUACUGAUUGUAGGACCAAGCUGUGAAGAGUGCCCUUCAUAUAAAGGGAUAGGAUUUCUUUUAAUCGUGUGUGUGUCUGUGUGUACAUGCACAUUUAUUCCCCAAAUUGUAAGGAUUUCUAGGGUCAAAGCAAAGCUUCUGAGAAGGGCACACACACUAUAUUCUUUUGCUUCUUUUCUUUUAUGUAGAAGCAUGUGUUGUACUUGGGGUUUUUCAUAGGCUGGCUGAACAAAGUUCCCACAGCAGACAAGUGUUCUAAUAGUGGUACAGCAGGCAAAACCAUUUGUGUUUUGAACAAUCAAAGCCAUUUGUGCUAAGAUGGUGAGGUUGUGGGGUUGGGUGAUUUUAGUGCUAUAGAUAGGUCAGCUGUUUUUCCAGAGUGUUUGUGAAUUGCCUAAGUGUGAAAUUUUGGUAUGAUGAUUUUCCCCAUUAGCAUUAUAAUUUAUGGAUUACAAGGUAAUUUAAAAAUAAUCCAACCUAAUUUUAAUGUGUCCCUUACCAUUUACAAUUUUCUAUUUAUAUGCUAUAUAUAUCAAUGUAAACAAAGCCAUAUAUAAUUAAUACAAACUUAAAGAAGGCCUCAGAUCAUUGUUGUAAAAGAAAGAUUAACAAAGUGACUCUGGAACAAUAGCUUAUUUAUCCAAAUCUCAAAUGUUUACAUUUUAACAGUUUUGUAUUUUUAAAAUUGAAACUACUUUAAGAAAAAACAAACUUGUAUUCUUUAUAUCUGAAUUAUCACUAGCAUAAAACAAAAUCUAAACCUAGGUGAUACUGCAAUUCCAUUUAUUAGAUAAAGUACAUUAAAAACAGGGUUCUUCAUAGAAUACGAACUAGGCCAGGUUAGUUCUUCUAGGAGUUUAUCACUAUGAAAUGCAACUGAUUUUAAGUAGAUAUACAAUCAUUUAAACUUCCAAAUGAGUGUUUCCCUCUUGUAGUUGAUAUUUUGGAAGGACUGUAUAUUUUGUUGCCUUCAGAGCAUUCAGUACAUUCUUUUGAAUGUAUUUAGUUAUGGCAAUCAUUGUCCUUUAUAAGUUGGAUUUUGAUUUCUUGAUGCAACCAAGUGUCAUUUAGGUCAAGACCAAAUAACAGAAGGAAUGAAGGAUGUUAAUCAAGCAGAAUAAUAUUUUGGGGGGCAAGAGCAGAUCACAUGUCUGUUUUCUUGCCAGACUUAAAUACUGGUAUAAAGACUGCUCCUAGGAAAAUAUGCUCCUAAAUAUUUUCAGCAGUGAAAAUGUAUUUGGCAAAAGGCCUUCAAGGAAAUUACCCAGGAAGACAAUCAGUUCAGAAUUUGGCUUAUAUACAGCUCUCAAUAGUUAUUUUAUAGUUGUAUUUCAACAGUUACACAUUGUAAGGAUAUCAGACUUUCCUUCUGUUCAGUGCCUGAGUCCUCCCUGCCCUUUUUAAUGUCUUAUGAUCUGGGCAGUAAGAAAUCAGUGCAUUGUAGUGAUUCUGCAGCCCAAUGUCUCCAGUCUCUAAGCUAACAUUGAGGGACUUAGUCCCUGGCAAGAACCUGGCUUUCUAAUGUGUUCAUUUGUUUUUGAAUGUUGGUGGUUUAAAGACAAUCAGGGAGUAGUAAAUUUGUACCAAAAAUCUGACACAAAGCAUCCUGCCUUGUACAUGUUAGUAUUUAUAAAAAUGGCCCUUUACAGUAAAGUAGAUAAUAGCAUCUAAAAUAGAUAAGCUACAAGUGUAACACAACAUUUUGGCAUUCCCUUUGAAUAGAAUUCCCUCCUCCCACCCCCAACCUCCACAAUUUUGAAAAUAAAGAUCCCCUAAAAUGAUAGCAAUGAUGGGCAAAUAAUCACUGAUUUGGGUCACUACGUUCUUCCUUAAACGUAUGUGUUUAGGGGUUUAUGCUUUUUGUUGUUUAAACCUUUGAUCAUUUGUGUUGAUCACUAUAGAUGUAUGGUUUUCUAACUUAGUUGGCAUAAAAUAAUGUAUGUAUUUUUUAAAAAGCUAGCUUUCUAAAACUUAGAGAAUUUGGCUUAAUUCACAUAUCUCGAGGUAAAAAAUUUUUUUAACUUAGUGGGAAAUUAACUAUUGCUGAUGUAUUUCAGUUUCUAGAACGUAUUCUCCCCAUAAAAAGGGGAAUUAAGAUGUGAUAGUGUAAGUAAUAACCUUGAAUUGGAGCCUGGGUUUUGUAAAGGGGCCUAGGUAAUAAGUAGACAGCCUUGAAGGGAAUUGGGGGGAAAUAAAACUAGUGGUGGUCUGAUUUUUUUCAGUAUUUAAUUUGAUUUUUAUUUUUCAGAAAUUCCCCUUUGCCAAGAUGACCUCUUGUGUUAGAAUAGUAACAUUAUUGGUAUCUCACUAAAAGCAAAGAUUUUACUGCUAGGCUAGGUUAAAUGGGCGAAUAGAAACACUGCAGUAUCUUGUCUUAGUUUGAACUAGGAUUUUCUUGGAAGUUAUUACAGUAAUUAUAUGUCUGAGAUAAAAAUUAACCUAGAUUUUUAAGUAAAUCUCUGAAAAUUUGCUUAAGUAUUGACUAGGUAAGCCAUGCCUGAAUUUUUGGGAAAAAAAAGUAAAUGUGGACCCUUUCUGUAUUUGAAGUAGGAUUCAAUAUUUAAUAGUACUUUAUUUUAGUGAAAUUGUUUUGGUCAUGACAAUUUAAAUUAGACUUCUUUCAGUAGCUUGUUAGAGACAAUCUCAAGAGCUGGCAAGUGUUGCUAAAAUGGAUAUUGUACAUUUCUGACUUAUAAGAACGUUUAUAAAUUAAUUUUGUCGUAGUUCAAGACGUUUAAUAGGAAUCUCUUAGAGGGCAUUUUUAAGGGAACUACUUUAUCAGGAAAAUGUUCUUUCAGUAUCAGUGAUAGUUCAUUGCAUAACAGUAUCUGAGAACUUGGGCUGUAUUUUUACAUCACAUAUUUUAGCUCAGGCUCAUCUUUCGUUUGCAUUAUUGGCGUUCUCGUAUGCAGAUUUCUAUCAUUGUAGAUAUGUAAUUAUGAUAAUAAGCAAUUCUCAUAACCAUGCUCACUCAGACUACGUCUUUUUAAACUGCCAGUAGCUAGAGCUCUCAGAGCCAGAGUUAAUUAAUUUUAUUUCCAUUUUUUACUUUUUUUUUUCAGUGUUCACAAAACAGAAUAUCUAGCUUCACCCCAAAAUGCCAUGGUAUAAAUUGCUGUGUGACAAUAUUAUACAUUUAAUCAUGAAGAGGGAAAGGUUUUGGAUUUUAGGACUUUUUUCUUAUUUAAAAGUAUUGAGUAUGUUAAGAAUAUAGUUUCGAAUGUCAGUCAUUAACAACACAUAUUGCAGCUGCAUACAGAGAACCUUCUGUGCCUUUUUGCCUGCAGUAAGCAUUCAUUUCUGUUUUACAUGCGCUAUAAGGAUAUUGAUGAUUACUGCACCUUGUUCUUCUGUAAAUAGACUUGAUUAAGGAUUUUUUUUUAAAAGCAAGGGUCAGUUCAUUAAUAGGUAGAUACCUUAGAAAACAGUAAACAUGAGAGGAGGUAUCAGAUAUAGGUCUUUGGAGCCCAGCCUUUUCCCUGUUUAGUGAGCAAGAAACUCCUUUGGAAUGUAGUCAUUUGUGUGUAUGUGUGUGUACAUAUAUGUAUAAAUAGUUAUUUAAAUACGUAAAUGUAAAAUUCAGCAUCACAUUGGUGUGAUGAUAAAUAGUACGGUGCUAGGUGGUUACAUUAAAAGCACAGCAGAGUGUAUAAUCAGUCACUGCGACUGGUGGGUUUUUGUAAACUAGGUUCAGUUUUUGAACCCCCCCCAGAAUACCUCAUGUGUAAAUAUAUUGGUCAUGACUUAAUUGAAAUACAGUUAUUGUAAAAAGAAUGUGAAGCCACUGGUUGGCUUAUUAUGCCUUCUGAUGUAUAUCAUUCUUGCCUCUUUUUUUGUAAAGGGGUGGUUUUUGUUUUUUAAUAGGGUUUACAGCUAGAAUUUUGAAUGCCAAAGUUAUAUUUAUUAAAUAAAAAAAAGUUUUCAAUGUUAAUGGCUAAGUAUUUUUCCACUGGACUAUUGUUUGUUGAUGUUGAAAUUUGUAUUUACCAAGAAAUAAAUUUUUUAUUUAAAAAAAAAGUUUGCCAGGUGCCUAAUGUUAAUAUAAAAAUUGUAUUUGAAAUUUCAGACUCUCCCGAAUUCUCAAUGACAAGAAUAUGAUGACUUAACUUUUUAAAGUCUAAGUACAGAAGAGAAUAUCUUAGUAGAACAGGGACACUUCUGCUUUCUAGGUCUGUCAUACAGUUUCUUUUCAAUUGUUGAGAAGCUUUUUCUCAGGGCCUUCCCAUGUAGGGCACUGAGAUUUUCUGAUGGCAGGUGCUAUAAAUACAAGGGCAUGUCUAUCCAUUUCAGUUAAUAGUUCUGUGUCUCCACUUGGAAUUUCUAAAAUUCCUGUUUGAGUCAUGAGUCGUCUUUCUACUUGUCCAACAGACAAAAUCAGAUUUCAGUUCAUUAAUGCUGUUAAGUUAAAUCUUUUUUCUUUUCUCCCUUCUAAUCAGAGAUUGAAACCUUACUGAAACAUAUGCAAAUAAGACCUUAUUAAUUAAAAGGUUACUCUGAGGCCUUGACAGCUUUGAUGGCACCCUAGGUCCUUGUCCUAACUCAUAUAUGCCUUAAUGUCUCCAGCUCAUUAAUAUUUGGAUUAGCAGCAUUGUUUCUAGUCCCGCUAACUUGGCAUUACUCUGUCAAGAAUCUCUAACACGGCAUCUAAUUCAGUUAACAGGAAAAAGAAUCUCAUCAUAGACUCCUCAGGUUGAAGGCAAAUGACUUGGAAAUGAAAACAGAAUAGAUGGAAUGCUACAAUAUUUCCAAGGUGGUUAAUGAAGAGGUUUAUCCUUACAAUGAAAGGUGCGAUUGAUUUUUAUCUGGUUUAAAAAGUAGUGUUUUCAGUGGAGUCAGCAGAGGGCUUUUGAUGGGGUACAUCCCAGCAAUUUUGCCAAUACUUUGAACUUCUUUUCAUGCCAACUCUCCCCACCAAACAGAGUCGUUCCAUGUGGAAAUGCAGAAGGCUCCUUUAAAAAGAUUGGCUGUUAGUGAUGGUGCCAAUCAGAAGAAUGUGGAUCCAGGAGAGCAGUUUGCAAAUGAAUAGCACUUGACAUUCUCCUUAGACAUUCUUCCUGGCUGAGGACUGAAAUCGUGAUAAAAGAUUUCUAUGAUAUUUAAAUAAGACUUUGUCCCUGAUUAAAAAAAAAAAAAAAAAAAAAAAAAA